AGUGUCAAACUUGACAUCAGACUGCGAGCGGAGCAUGGUAACUUCUCCAGCAAUCAGAGCGCUCCCCCUCACAUCAGUGGUAUGCUUCGCGGAGAUAUGCUCCUCUCACUGCCCGGUGCACCAGCAACAUGGAUUGUCACUUCUCCAUCCUCGUCCUGCUCGGCUGCUGCGUCCUCAGCUGCUCCGGAGAACUGAGCGCUCAGCCUUCCAACGAAGUUAAUCUACUAGAUUCGAAAACGAUUCAAGGAGAGCUGGGCUGGAUCUCCUACCCAUCCCACGGGUGGGAAGAGAUCAGUGGUGUUGAUGAACAUUACACACCAAUCAGGACUUACCAGGUGUGCAAUGUCAUGGAUCACAGUCAAAAUAAUUGGCUGAGGACAAACUGGGUACCCAGAAACUCAGCUCAGAAGAUCUAUGUGGAGCUAAAGUUCACACUGCGGGACUGUAACAGCAUUCCAUUGGUUUUGGGGACUUGUAAGGAGACCUUUAACCUGUACUACAUGGAGUCUGAUGAUGAUCAUGGUGUCAAAUUCCGAGAGCAUCAGUUCACGAAGAUUGACACCAUUGCCGCUGAUGAAAGUUUCACUCAGAUGGAUCUCGGGGACCGCAUUCUGAAACUGAACACUGAGAUUAGAGAAGUAGGACCAGUCAACAAAAAGGGAUUUUAUUUGGCCUUUCAAGAUGUUGGUGCUUGUGUUGCCUUGGUGUCUGUGAGAGUGUACUUCAAAAAGUGCCCGUUUACAGUGAAGAAUCUGGCUAUGUUUCCAGACACAGUGCCCAUGGACUCCCAGUCUUUGGUGGAGGUUAGGGGCUCUUGUGUCAAUAAUUCUAAGGAGGAGGAUCCUCCCAGGAUGUACUGCAGCACAGAAGGUGAAUGGCUGGUCCCCAUUGGCAAAUGCACUUGCAAUGCUGGGUAUGAAGAACGAGGGUUCAUAUGCCAAGCUUGUCGACCAGGCUUCUACAAGGCUUCGGAUGGUGCUGCCAAGUGUGCUAAGUGCCCACCACACAGCUCAACACAAGAAGAUGGUUCAAUGAACUGCAGGUGUGAGAAUAAUUAUUUCCGGGCAGAAAAAGACCCUCCAUCCAUGGCUUGUACCCGACCUCCAUCCGCACCAAGAAAUGUUAUCUCUAACAUAAACGAGACCUCGGUUAUCCUGGACUGGAGCUGGCCCCUGGACACAGGAGGCCGGAAGGAUAUUACCUUCAACAUCAUAUGUAAAAAGUGUGGGUGGAAUGUCAGGCAGUGUGAGCCAUGCAGCCCCAACGUCCGCUUCCUCCCUCGGCAGCUUGGACUCACCAACACCACGGUGACAGUGACAGACCUCCUAGCUCACACCAACUACACCUUUGAGAUCGAUGCCAUUAAUGGGGUGUCAGAGCUGAGCUCGCCACCGAGACAGUAUGCCGCAGUCAGCAUUACAACUAAUCAGGCUGCUCCAUCACCAGUUAUGACAAUUAAGAAAGAUCGGACUUCCAGAAACAGUAUCUCUUUAUCUUGGCAAGAACCGGAACAUCCAAAUGGGAUUAUCCUGGACUAUGAGGUCAAAUACUAUGAAAAGCAGGAGCAAGAGACGAGUUAUACCAUUUUGAGAGCAAGAGGCACAAAUGUUACCAUCAGUAGCCUCAAGCCAGAUACUACUUAUGUCUUCCAAAUCCGAGCUCGGACGGCAGCAGGAUAUGGAACCAACAGCCGCAAAUUUGAAUUUGAAACUAGCCCAGACUCUUUCUCCAUCUCUGGUGAAAACAGUCAUGUGGUGAUGAUUGCUAUUUCCGCAGCUGUGGCCAUCAUUGUCCUCACGGCGGUCACCUAUGUUUUGGUCGGGAGGUUUUGUGGCUAUCACAAGUCAAAACACAGUUCAGAGGAGAAGCGCCUUCACUUUGGGAAUGGGCACCUAAAACUUCCAGGACUCAGGACCUACGUUGAUCCACAUACAUAUGAAGACCCUACCCAAGCAGUUCAUGAGUUCGCGAAGGAGUUGGAUGCCACCAAUAUAUCCAUCGACAAAGUUGUUGGAGCAGGUGAAUUUGGAGAAGUGUGCAGCGGCCGCUUAAAACUUCCUUCAAAAAAAGAGAUUUCGGUGGCCAUAAAGACCCUGAAAGUGGGAUAUACCGAGAAACAGAGGAGAGACUUCCUCGGAGAAGCGAGCAUCAUGGGACAGUUUGACCAUCCCAACAUCAUUCGACUGGAAGGCGUUGUCACUAAGAGUAAGCCAGUGAUGAUUGUCACAGAAUACAUGGAGAAUGGUUCCUUGGACAGUUUCUUACGUAAACAUGAUGCCCAGUUCACAGUCAUCCAGCUUGUGGGAAUGCUCCGUGGGAUAGCAUCAGGUAUGAAAUACCUCUCAGAUAUGGGCUACGUCCACCGGGACCUUGCUGCUCGCAACAUCUUGAUCAACAGUAACUUAGUGUGCAAGGUUUCUGACUUUGGACUCUCUCGGGUGCUUGAAGAUGAUCCAGAAGCUGCUUACACAACCAGGGGUGGAAAGAUACCAAUAAGGUGGACAUCACCGGAAGCAAUUGCCUAUCGCAAGUUCACAUCAGCCAGCGAUGUAUGGAGUUAUGGAAUUGUUCUCUGGGAAGUGAUGUCUUACGGAGAAAGACCAUACUGGGAGAUGUCCAAUCAGGAUGUAAUUAAGGCUGUGGAUGAGGGCUAUCGCCUGCCACCUCCCAUGGAUUGCCCAGCUGCCUUGUAUCAGUUGAUGUUGGACUGCUGGCAGAAAGACAGGAACAACAGACCCAAGUUCGAGCAGAUCGUCAGCAUUCUGGAUAAGCUCAUCCGGAAUCCAGGCAGUCUGAAGAUCAUCACCAGCACAGCUGCAAGGCCAUCAAACCUCCUUCUGGACCAAAGCAAUGUCGAUAUCGCUACCUUCCACACAACCGGUGAUUGGCUUAAUGGCAUGAGGACAGCACACUGUAAGGAAAUCUUCACAGGCGUCGAGUACAGCUCCUGUGACACCAUCGCCAAGAUCUCCACAGAUGACAUGAAAAAGGUUGGUGUUACUGUGGUUGGGCCACAGAAGAAGAUCAUCAGCACCAUUAAAGCUCUAGAAACACAAUCUAAGAAUGGUCCAGUUCCAGUGUAAAGUACUGGAAGGAUCUGAGACACGGGAAGAUGCAGCAGCAUCCUGCAGACAGAUGGAAAUGAUGGAGACUCUGCCGAAAGCUCCAAGUCUAAUAAGACACUCAGUUCUAAGUCCAAAUGCCUUAAAAUGGAAUUGAAAAAUCUCUUUAUUUUCCCCUAUCAUUUUACAGAUGGGUGGGUGGGUGCAUUUUGUUUUGUAAUUGCUUUUUAAAUGUUAAUUGAUGGGGUUAAUUAAAAUUCUUCAGUACAAAGUGGAAGAACUAGUGUAGAGCCAUUGAUCAUUAACUAUCAUGGAAAUAAACUAAGUAAACUAGCAAAAUGGACCUGAAGGCUUUGUUGUGAAUGGCCACAGAGGAAAAGACUUGUCAUAUUUUUAUACACAGAAAAAAAAGCUGUAACAGGUAUUUUGUUUCUUUAAAAGCAAGCAAAAUGGAGGCAAUUAUACCUCAAACUAUCUGGCCAUACUUACUACCUUAUCACGUUAGUAUUCUCUUUAUCUGUUUGAAGCAUUUAGAGAUGAAGUUUGUAGUUGUUUUAAAUACUGUACAUUUUUAAUUGUUACCUUCCUUAAGUAGACGAUGUAAAAACAUGUCUUAACUUGGGGGGAAGUGCAUAUUUAUUUUCUUUUGGACUUUUUAAUUGUUUUAUAUUUAUGCCUUGAUGAUUUAAUUUGGGUUUUGUUACAGCCAAGUGCCAAAUGCUAUUGCAAAUUGUCAGCAGUAAGAAACAUGUUUAACUAUACCCAGAGAAUGAUAUGUUCUUUUCUACAACUGUUGAACAAUCCACUUAUAUGUACCAACAAAAUGAAAUGCUUUCCCUGUUCAUACAGUCACCAAAUCACUCACAGUCUGAAUAUACCAUUCAUUUUUGUCUCUUCAUUUAUCAGUAAAUGUAUGCUCCUAAUUUAGUGUAAUAUACUGGCUUGUAUGUAAUAGAUUUUUACCAAGAUGUCAUACUUUCCCUACUCUGGUGCUUAGAGGACAUCAACUCCUUUCAUUCACGAAAGAAGCUUAUUAGAACUCCUUAGAUUUGCAAACUGGAAAGAUCAAAAUGAGGUUAAAUGGUUACAGUAAUUGACAGCAGCCUAUAGGUAAAAUGCAUGAGCCAAAAAAAAAAAAAAAUAAGAAAGAAAAAUUGCUUGUUUUGAAAAGUAUUUUAAUAUUAUUGCUUAAACAUGUAGAGAAUGGUGAUAGCUAAGCUACUCAUCUGCAUCACUGGGGUGUAGGUCAAUUAAUUGCACACUUUCAUCAUCAAUAUCAGGUAUAACUAUCUUUGAGUCUUCCACUUCAAUGUACCUAUUGUGAGUUAGGUGCAUGAUUAGAAGCCUUGAACUUCUAAACAUCUUAUUAAGCAUAGCAUUUUUGAAAUAGCAACUCAUCUAAUCAAUAAAUCCACAUCCACAGACAAUGGAGGAAUGAGAUGUCUCAUUAUGGGGAUGUAGCCUUGCUGUUCCCUAAAGGCCAAUUGUAAGCAUAUUCUUGAAUAUUAAGAAGGAUGUGCCUAAUGGGCAUGACACAUGCUGAAGCAAUAUUUUAGAUUCUGGAUUUUCUUGCUGAUAGUAUCAUUCCAUAGGGUCAAGGAAUACCUGUGUCACAGAAUAAGAUGGUUCAAACAAUGCUGUAAGAAAUAUGUCUCUAUGCAAAAUGGGACACUAAAGAUAUACAGCUUCCAAUCAUAGAGGCAGAUUUCCAAAUAUAAUCUGUUGUAGGUUUAGUAUACUAGAGCUUAGGUGAGUUCUUUCAGAUGUGAAAUUGUUUCCCAAAUGUUGACGAUACUCCAUAUAACCAAAUCAUGCUACUAGAAUUUGUAUUGAACUUAUAAGAACAUGAAUAUUUUGGAAAUGUGCUGAUGAAACUAAUAAUAAAUUUUAUAUCUCCUGAAAGCAGUUAGAAAAGACUCUAAUCAAAUAAUUUACAAUUUGGAAUAUAAUGCAAAAUUCAAAUCUGGCAUCUGAACCAAUUCGCCUAUGACAGCAUUCAUUCUCUUAGGCAAUAUUCUGGACACGCUCAACAAAAAUGAAUUUCAAAAUACUUAGAUAGACAAAAAUCGUUGAAUCUGUUGCAUUUAUUUUGACUGAGAAUUUUGUUUGAAAGUAGAGGUAUUUUAAGCAGUAUAUUGCUUUUCAUUUGUCAGUAUUUUUCUAUCUCACAAUUUAUGAAUUUCCUUUGCAUAACCCCUUCCCUGUACAUAUGUAAACAUAACAGUGUACGAUUCUGGACUGGGGAGUAGAGGUUCUAGGUUGCUUAUGGCCAUCUCUUUGUACAGGAACUACAUUGCCUUCCCAUACCAGUGAGGCUACUGCUCCCUUGCCACGUUAUGUACCAUAUUACCUGAUUUGUAUCUUAAAUUUGAUUUAUAGAUAUUAUUUAUUUCUCGCAACACACCCAGUCUAGGCUGUACUGAGUAUCUACCAAGCCAUGUAUAAAUAUGAUAUGAUUGGCAGUAUGUGUUUACUUUUAAACUUGCAUUUUUAAAACAUGGUUCAUUUAGUUUAUGUUGCACAAUGUAGAUGGCCUCUUACUAAUGUAAAAUGAUUUCUAGUGGGAACAUUUAUAUUUUUAUAAUAAACAUAAUGAAAAUAUUUUUACAGAUCAGAA